AUGAGCGGGCCUGCGGCGGUGCAGGACGCGGUCCCUGGGCCGCCCCCGCCGGAAUGCAGGCUCAGGCUGAUCAGGGUGAAGCGCAAGCGGGGCGCCGAGGCCCCUGACGACCUGGUCGUGGAGGGGCUUGAGGGGCCAGGCAAGCGGGCACACACCUCCCUCAGCAGCGCAAUGGACGGCUUGGGCCUGGAGCAGGGCGAAGCAGGCGACGGCCAGCCGGCUGCAGGCGACACCGAUGCAGAGCACAUCGCUGCUGCGCCGCAGCCGGCCCGCCGUAUGCAGCGCUACCGCAAGCUCAGCACGCUGAGCGCGGCUCAGCUGCGCGGUAUCGACCAGAUGCAGCUGUACAGCCUGCUAGCCAGCGGCCACCAGCAGCAGCAGGAGGGGCAGCAGCAGGCGCGGCAGCGCGUGGGCGUGAAGAGCACGGCGGCGGCGGCGGGGGCGGGGGCGGGGGCGGGGGCGGAGCGUGCCGUGCAGCAGCUGCAGGCGGGGCAGGCGGCGCGGUAUGAGCACAUCCGGCGGCGCCGCGGCCUCAGCGCCUUCACCAUCACAGAGCAGUCUGCCGACCCUCUGCAGCACCUGGCCAGUGUGUAUGAUGUGGUGCGGCACGAGCCGCAGGCAGGGCCGGCAGGCAGCGAGGCGAAGGCCACUGGGGAGCAGGACGGCGUAGCGGCCGCAGCCGCACAGCAGCAGCACCAGGGCCGGCAGCAUCAGCAGCAUCAGCAUCGGCGGCCCAGCCGGGCGCAGCGUGCGGCGCAGCAGUACGAUGAGGGCACGCUGCUCUGCAACUACUUGCCCAUGAUUCGAGAGUACCUGCAGGCGCAGGGGCGCCAGCUGCCAGACCCUGCUGCGCAGCAGGCGGGGCAAGGAGCAGCGGGCGGCAGCCAGGAGGCGCCAGCUGGCAUGGAGGAGGAUGGCGGAAGCGGCAGCGACGGCGAGUACGUGUAUGAUUUGUACGCUGUGGUUGACGAUGUCCCCGAGGGCCAGGCGCAGGAGGAGGGCUGGUGGGAGCUGCACACAAGCGGGCACGCACCCAUGGUGCAGAUCCUGGAUGACGACAGCUGGGUGGUGCUGGAGCAGUCGGAUGCAGAGGACUCGGAUGCCGACAGCGAGGACUCCAACGCCGAGGGCUUCUAUGCCCACGACUACCCUGACGAGGCCUCUGAUUUGGACAGCUCUGACGAUGAUGGAUACGACCCAGAGGGUGGCACGUUUGGCGGCAGGCAGCGGCGGCAGCACGGCUGGGACUCUGAAAGCUACGGUAGCAGCGACGAUGGCUAG